AUGUCAACGCCUUUGAUUUUUUUAAAUAAAACGUUACCCCGCACUAGGCAUUUCUUCUGUGUCGUGGGCAUAGUCAACCGAGGAGACUCCUUCAGACGCCGCAGAUCAAGAUCAGGCAGUCUAGCCCCAUCUUCACCUGCACAAUCAGCGCCUGAGUCUCAAGAACGCAAGCCAGUAGCGUGCCACCGAGUCGCCAUGGUCGGAGCUCCAGGGGUCGGGAAGACAGCCCUCAUCAGCCAGUUUCAGACGAGCGAAUGUAUAAAUGCUUAUGAUAGACAACGAGAUUUGGACAGCACGGAGCAGAAGGUGUCUAUAAUGCUGAAUGGUGAAGAAUCGGAGCUUUACUUCGUUAACUGCACGACGACAAAGGAGGAGAUCGAGCGCUCCGAGCCACCUGAUGCCUUCGUGGUGAUCUACUCCGUGGUGGACAAGGCUUCCUUCCAGAAAGCUGAACAGGAGCUGGCCAGGCUGCUCGACUGCGACAUGCUUAGAGCACGACCAGCCAUCCUGUUACUUUUUUCAACAGACGGCAAAUGCCUGGCGUGCACUUACAAAGCAAAAUUCAUAGAAGUCUCAGUCGGAAUCAACCACAACGUAGACGAGCUUCUGGUUGGGAUCCUCAACCAGAUCCGGCUAAAAAAGCAGCAGUACACAGCUGAAGGUGGAAGGGAAUCCUCGCCAGCUCACUGGUACAAAUCCCGAGGAGUUGUUCGAGCCAGUAUGAAGGCCAGACAAAUGUUCACCUGGAUUUUCGGCAAGGAAGACUCAAAAUUCAAGAACUGUGAGAAUCUUCAUGUCCUGUGA